GCGAGUCGACAGCCAUCCUUGCAACAACAGUCCUUUUUUUUUGUUGUUUUUGUGGUCGCUUUGCCCAUUCCAGCCUUCCCCUCAGAGCCAUGGCUGUCGAAAGCACCAGAAGGACUGAUCGCCUAUUGAUAUAUCUCAAUUACAAAUAGGAGAGAGAGUUAUUUUUGAAAAGGUUGACACGGGGGGGAAAGAAAGGUUGGGGAUCUAGUCGGGAUUCGGGAACAAAUUUUUGGGAAAAUAAAAAAAAUAUAUAAAUUAUAGAUCGUCGAGUCACUUUGUUUUUUGUAUAUAGGAUUUGAUGAUAAGAAAGUUUAGAUGGAAUAAAAAUAUAUACCAUGACUAUGGUUGAUUUACGAGUUAUAUGUUAGAUUUUGGGGUCUUCUUCGGUCUCUCUCGUCUUGUUUUGGUUGUGUUUUUCUAAAUAUAUUUCUCGCCUUGUGAUUCUGAAUUAAGGAAGAAAAUUAAGAAAACGGAAAAGAGAGGUUUCUUCGGUUUUCCUCGCAUGUUUCCGCACUGCCUCCCCUUCGUUCCGAGUUAGUCGCCGUCUGUUCCGUCUCUGAGGCUUUACACCCCUUACGUUCACCGGUCGUGAAAGUCCGUAAUUUCACCGAAGAUGUGUUGACUUAGCGAGUCCGAAGAGUAGGACUCGGCCGCCUCUCACCACCCCAUUGGAGCACGUAAAAAGGCCAUCAGGAGGAACAACGCGUGGAUUAUGAGCAACAUGGUAAAGGCGCGGAACUACGACGAAGACGGAUUUGUCAAGCGUGCAGCGUGUAUAUGCGUCAAUGAGGAUGAGAGCCAGGUGCUGCUGGUGUCAUCCCGCCGAGAUUCACGCCUGUGGAUAGUCCCGGGUGGAGGGGUGGAGCCGAACGAGCUGCCGGACAUCGCUGCCACCCGGGAGGUCCGCGAAGAGGCGGGUGUGUGCGGCAUGCUGGGGCGAUGCCUGGGGGUGUUUGAGAACUCUGAGCGGCGUCAUCGGACAAGUGUAUACGUUCUUGUGGUCACAGAAGAAAUGGAGGAGUGGGAUGAGUCGAAGGUGUUUGGGCGGAAACGCAAGUGGUUCAGUGUGGAGGAGGCGGUGGAGGAGCUGGCCAAGCACAAACCGGUCCAGAGCAGCUACGUGAGCCUCCUGCUGCCCAAGGCAGCCAGGGACCACACGUGCCCCCUCUCCCCGUCCUCCUGCCAGCCAGGCAUCGCUUCUUCUCACAUCCCUAGUGUCAUCCUGCAGGAGCGAACGGGCCUCAUGGUGGAGGCAGAGAGGAAGGAGGCAGCAGAGAGAGAGGAGGCAGAGGAGGACGGUCUGGAGGAUGGGGAGCUCAUCAAAAUGGGCGGAUGCUCGGCCGAGGACCUCAGCAAUGGCUCGACGCCAGAAGAUGGUGCCAAUGACACCUAAAGUCACCCCUUCUCCACCUUGUUCAUUUGUCAUAAGAAUGUUUUCACCUCUUCUUUUUUCCCCCCCAGUUUAUGUUAACUGUAUUCAUUCAUUGUAUUAUAUAUCAUUUUUAUUUUUUUAUUUUUUAUUUCUUAAUUUAUUGAUGAGUUUAUUUAUUAUUUUGUUUUGUUUUGUUAGGAUUCACAAGCUCAUUAAACAUGCUUUCAUAUGUGUGUGUGCUGCAAGGCCCUCCCAUACUGAGAUUAGCAGGCCAUUUUGAUCCCCUUUUUUUAUUUAUUUAUUUUUUUCUUU